UCUCUCUGCUCUUCUUCUUCUCAAUUAAUCAGUUACGAACGCUUUUCAAUUUUUCGUCUAUCUGUCUCCACGAUCCACGCCUUGACCUUCGUUUUUUUUUUCUCAGAGAAAACUCCGAUAAGCAAUUUCUCAAUCUCGUCGUAGAUCGAACUUUUCCAGAAAAAAAGAGGAGAGUUUAGGGUCAAAAUCUUCAAUCUUUGGUUUUUUUUUUUUUUCUCAAGAAAGAAAUUUUUGGAAACAAAUUCCACGAAGAAGAUGAGUUUUCAAGAUUUAGAAUCGGGAAAAGGAAGAUCGACGAGGAAGAUCAAUGGUGGUCGACAAGAUUCGACACAAGCCGUUGCUUCUGGAAUUUUCCAGAUCAAUACCGGAGUCUCCACGUUUCAACGACUCGUUAACACACUUGGUACUCCUAGAGAUACACCGGAGCUCCGGGAGAAGCUGCACAAGACAAGAUUGCAUAUUGGACAGCUUGUGAAGGAUACUUCAGCUAAACUUAAAAUAGCUAGUGAAACUGAUCAUCAAAGUGGUGUCAAUCCAAGUAAGAAGAUUGCAGAUGCUAAGCUUGCAAGGGACUUUCAAGCUGUUUUAAAAGAGUUUCAGAAAGCUCAACAAACUGCUGCUGAAAGAGAAACCACUUAUACUCCUUUCGUGCCUCAAUCCGCUCUUCCCUCUAGUUAUACGGCGGGUGAGGUAGAUAAGGUCCCGGAACAGCGGGCACAAGUUCAGGAGUCAAAGAGGCAGGAACUUGUAUUGUUAGACAACGAGAUUGCAUUCAAUGAAGCUGUGAUCGAAGAAAGAGAGCAAGGAAUACAAGAAAUCCAUCAUCAGAUUGGCGAGGUUAACGAGAUAUUCAAAGAUCUUGCGGUUCUGGUUAAUGAUCAAGGAGUCAUGAUAGAUGAUAUCGGUACUCACAUUGACAACUCCCGUGCUGCAACUUCACAAGGAAAAUCUCAGCUGGCGCAAGCCGCAAAAACACAAAGAUCAAACUCAUCUCUGACAUGCUUGCUCUUGGUGAUAUUUGGCAUUGUUCUCCUGAUCGUGAUUAUCGUACUUGCGGCUUGAUUUCGAAAGAGCAACAACAAGUCGCUUGGGUGUGUUCAUCGAUUUUAAAGCAUCGAAGAGUUGAACUACUUGGUAUAUAAUAUAUGUUGAAGACAACACUUAGAAGUUGGUUUUGUGUUGGUUUGGUUUGGUUCGAUUCGGUUUGAAGGUUCUAUUGGUUAAUGUAAUAGUGUGUGCGUGUGCGUGUGGCUUUUUUGUUGUGUAAACAUUUUGUUGGAGAUGACAGAAAUUCUGUUUUGUUUGUGAUU